UUAAGCGUGGAUUUGCAAGAUGUGAAAGAGAGAAUUAAAAAAUGGAGAGAAAGAAUAGGAUUGUAGUGUUUGGAGGAACGGGUUACAUAGGGAAGCAUUUGGUGAAGGCAAGUCUCUCUUUAGGUCAUCCAACUUUCGUCUACACUCGUUCUCUCACUUCACAAACUCCUCCUUCCAAGAUACAACUUUGCAAGGACUUCACCUCCAUGGGAGUCACUCUUCUUCAGGUUACUUACAUUCUCUCUUCAAAUAACGAUUCGUAUAAUCAAAUUCGUUCUAAAAACAAAGGUUCGAGUGCGAGUCCAAGUUUUGUACAGAAUAAAAAUGAGAUAUUGAGAUCUUUUUUUAUUUUGGGGUCCUUUUAAAGUGAAAAUUGUAAAAGUGGAUUUGUUGAAUUUUAUUUUUGUAAAACAGGGAUAAGUCGUCAGGACAGAGGACGACAUCACAGGAAAAAUCGUCCUCUAUCCUGCCGGUUUUUUUUUUUUUAUGAAAAAACAAAUUUGUCUUAAUAAAUGCCGGUUUCUCUUUAUAUAAAGAAGUGAAGUCGUCGUAUAGCUUGACCACUUCACUUCUCACUUUUUUUUUUGUUUUUUAAAAAGUUGCAGUUUUUUUACAUGCAAUUUUGAUAGACAAAAAUUAAUGUUGUAGAUUUAUUUAAACAUUACAACGUUUCAACUUUGCUUUCACAAACCUCAAUGAAGGUUUGACACAUGUAAAUGCCGACAAACCCACCCAUUUAAGCGGGCUACAAUAGACCCACUCAUUGGAAUUGAAAAGGAAGAUAAAUAUUUUAUUUGCAAUAAUAUAUUUUUAUUGUGCUAUUCUCAAAAAGAAAAAAAAAAACUGAAAGUGAAGUCGUCAUAGGUUCUGACGACUUCACUUUAUUCAUUAACUGAAAUCGUCUUAAUACAGAACGACUUUACUUUUUUUUUUAAAUAUAUAGAAACCGGUAGGAUACAGGACGACUUUACCUACAAUGUCAUCCUGCAUCCUAACGACUUGUCCCUAUUUUACAAAUAAAAAAUAAAUGGACCUAUUUUGUCAACCCUAAUCUAAAUAGUUCCACCAUGCAAGUGGUACCACAUGUUUUGAUUUCUUUCAUAAUAUCCGGUGUUUGGUUGGUGGGUACCAAUGGCAUGUGAUUGGAAAAUGUAGCACAUUAUUAUUAUUUAAAUUAGCAUAAGUUUUGAUUUGCAAGAUCAGAAAGAGAAAAUUUAAGAAAUGGAGAGAAAGAAUAGGAUUGUAGUGUUUGGAGGAACUGGUUACAUAGGGAAGCAUUUGGUGAAGGCAAGUCUCUCUUUAGGUCAUCCAACUUUCGUCUACACUCGUCCUCUCACUUCACAAACUCCUCCUUCCAAGAUACAACUUUGCAAGGACUUCACCUCCAUGGGAGUCACUCUUCUUCAGGGAGAAUUAAAGUAUGAAGAGAUUGUGGAAGCGAUUAAAAAAGCGGAUAUUGUGAUAAGUGCGUUGGCUUACCCUCAAGUCAUGGACCAACUCAAAAUUAUAGAAGCCAUCAAAGUUGUUGGAAAUAUAAAGAGAUUCGUUCCAUCAGGAUUUGGAGCAGAAGAAGAUAGAAUAAAGCCUCUUCCACCAUUUCAAGUUUUGCUUGAAAAGAAAAUGAAAAUCAGAAGAGAAAUUGAAGCUGCAGGGAUUCCUUACACUUCUGUUUCUGCAAAUUGUUGUGCAGCAUACUUUGUCAAUUAUUUACUUCGUCCAUAUGAGGAUGUCAAGGACAUUGUUGUCUAUGGGAAUGGUGAAGCCAAAGCUGUACUAAAUUACGAAGAAGACAUUGCUAUGUACACUGUUAAAGCAGCAAAUGAUCCAAGAACACGCAACAGAGUGGUUAUUUAUCGUCCUCCAAAGAAUAUCAUAUCACAGAAUGAGCUCAUAUCACUGUGGGAGAAAAAAUGUGGUCACACUUUUACCAACACUUUUAUUCUGGAAGAAGAACUCGUGAAACAAUCACAGACUUUACCUCCUCCACAGAGUAUUCCAGUUUCAAUCCUUCACAGUGUAUUUGUUAGAGGGGACAUGAUGAAGUUUGAGAUUGGAGAAGAUGAUCUUGAAGCUUCAGAGUUAUAUCCUGAUUAUAACUAUACCUCCAUUGAUGAGCUUCUUGAUAUUUUUCUUCUUCAUCCUUUGCCUCCUGCAUCUGCUGCUUUUGGAUGAACUUCCAAGUUUGCCUUAUAUGAAUCUUUAUAGUACUGUGGAGUAGGUUUGGAGUUAAAAUAUUUUUUUUGAAUUUUAAUUGAAUCAUGUAAACUUUUUUUAUUGUUUACUUUUUUUAUUUGUACUCAAAAAGACUCAGAAUUUUGCAAUAAUGUUGGUGAU